UCCCGUAUUCGAGAACCGUGGCGCUAAUACGCGUGGCUUCAUAUCGUGCAUCGGGCACAAGUUUGGUGUGAAGGACGAGGACACACCUGAGAUGUGGGGCGAGAUCGUUCAUUGGCUACUAACACAGCAGCUACCAGUACGACUUCAGGGUUCCGAUGCACGCGCCGUUCGUUCUUUCACUCGCCGUGCAUCACUUUUCACAGCAGCCCCGCCGCUCACGCCCGGUGGGACGCCACGACUAUUUCGACAGCGGCGCAAGGACGGCACGGUUCAAGAUCCGGUACUGGUCAUCACCGACCCGACUCGGCGCGACGAACUCAUCGCCUAUGCUCAUAACGAGUGUGGACAUAUGGGCCGGGACGCGACCUAUCAGCGCCUUGCGGAACGCGUCUUCUGGCCGAAUAUGUACGACUCGGUGGCAUGGUUCGUACGCUCCUGCACAUCUUGCCAGCGCUACGCAAGGCGCCGCAACCAUAUGCUCUACGAGAAGACCAACACGCCUGAUCGCCUUCUCCGUUCAUGGGGCCUCGACGUCAUCCACAUGCCGCGCGGUGUUGCGGAGAAUGUGGCUCGCUUUCUUAUGGAGGAGCUGAUUGCUAGGCAUGGCUCUGCGGUCCGCAUCACUACGGACAACGGCACGGAAUUCAAGAACGACGUCAUCAAGGAGCUCGCACAGCGCUAUGGUAUGACCAUCGUCUUUUCUUCUGCUUAUCAUCCACAGGGAAAUGCCGUUGUCGAGCGCGCGCACCAAACGCUCGAGAACGGUUGUAUCAAAGCGGCAGCGGGUGUUCCUAGCCGCUGGCCCAGAUAUCUUCCCUCCGUCCUCUUCGCCGUCCGCACCACUGCGUCUCGCAUGACCGGUGUCUCGCCGUACUGGAUGACGUUCGGAAUUCAGCCGGCUUAUCCUUUCGAUAUGGAGGAUGGAACCUGGGCGUACAUUGACUGGCACCAGGUUGUUGACACAGAAUCACUCAUUGCCGCUCGAGCACGCCAGAUCUAUGAGCGGAACAACGCUACUUUGCCUAUCCUGGCCCGCCUCCGCGAACAGCGUGAGCGCGCUAUUGCUGACAUGAAUAGGCGCGUUGGGACGAUACUCGACUUCCGCGACUUCAAGCCCGGCAUGUAUGUCCUCGUCGAAGAAACUUGGUUGCAGAACCGACAUGGAGCCAAGGACAUUCCUCCGUGGUCAGGCCCGUACAUCAUUCACAAGCAACUGUCCGAUAGUACGUAUCAGUUACGCGAGCUCGACGGUACAGUAAUACGCGGAUCUUACACGGUGCAUCGGUUGCGCCUCUUCUUCUUUCGUGACAAGAACCAGAGUUUGACAGCGGCUGCGGCUACCUUUGAUGCUCAUUUCGGUUGGUUCCAGGUCUCUGCGGCGCUCCCGUACAUCCCUGACAACGUCGAUCUCGUCUACCACCUCCCGCUCACACCACACGGCCUUCCAGCUCGCCUCAGCGACCACCUAUACGAUCCAGAACGCGCAGGAGACGACGUCGCGACGGUGGCCGCCUUCCUCGGCCUACGCGACCUGGGCCGUACAGCCUUCAUCUCUGCGUCGAGGGCUAUGCGUCCGGAUUGGCGCAACUUCCACCUCGCCAACUCACUCGACUUCGGCUACUGGGUUCCGCACGAGCGCGUCGAGAACGCACGCAAGAUGUUGGGGUCCGGCUUCGAGAUCGUGGCCAGUAGCGAUGCGCGGCAGACGGUUCUGCGUCCUCCACAGCCGUAUGAAGGGCUCGUUGGGCUGGCAUCGACAUCGAUGGUAGACGCCUUCCACGACGCCUCGCCGCCGCCGACGCCCCUGCAACCACCACCCGACCUCUCCCUCAGCACUGCACGGUGGAUGUGCCUCAACAGCGACUGGUCCGCAAUGCAGUCGAACCCGUACCACAGCCGGGCAUUGUGGACGUCGCGGUUCAUCCCGCGCAUUCCGCACCCAUCGUCUUAA